CCUCUCUCUUUCUCUCAUAGAAGUUGCGGUGGAAGAAGCGAAGGUGCUUACGGACAGAAAGUCAGAAAGUCCUCGGGGAACUCUCCCUCGCUCGCUCUCGCUCUCUCUCUAAAAAGUGAAAGCUCGAGAAAGCGUCUACCCAUGGCGGCGAUGGGGUGCGCCACCGACACGGCACGAGCCCUGGCGUGCAGGGACGGCCGGGCGGCGACGCACCUGAAGCUAAUAUCGAUCGGCGUCAUUUUCACGACGAGCGUGGUCGGGAUCUCGUCGCCGGUGAUGCUGGCGCGUGUCUUCCACGGCAAACCCGUCUACGACAAGGCCGUAUUGGUGAUCAAGUGCUUCGCGGCGGGGGUCAUCCUGUCCACCUCCCUCGUCCACGUCCUCCCCGACGCCUUCGCCGCCCUCGCCGACUGCCAGGUGGCCUCCCACCACCCCUGGAAGGACUUCCCCUUCGCCGGCCUCGUCACCCUCGUCGGCGCCCUCCUCGCACUCCUCGUCGACGUCGCCGCCACCUCCCACGCCCACGGUGGCGCCGCCGCCGCCGCCCAGUACGCCCCCGUAGGGACCGGCGAGGAAGCGGCCCGAAUCGGGAAGAAAUUGGUGGAGUUGGGGCUGGAAUCGGGGGUUUGCUGCGGCGGCGGCGGCGGCGGCGGAGGGGGAACUGGGGAGGAAGAAGUGGCGGCAGCGGCGACGGCGGAGGAAGAGGCAGAGAAGGUAAAGCAGAGGUUGGUGUCACAGGUGCUGGAAAUUGGAAUCAUAUUUCACUCGGUCAUCAUCGGAGUUACGAUGGGGAUGAGCCAGAACAAGUGCACAAUCCGGCCGCUGGUGGCGGCGCUGGCCUUCCACCAGAUCUUCGAGGGCAUGGGCCUUGGCGGCUGCAUUGCUCAGGCAGGGUUCAGCGUCGGAACGACGGCGUAUAUGUGCUUCCUGUUUUCAGCGACGACCCCGUUGGGGAUAGUGAUGGGGAUGGUACUCUUCUCGGUGACGGGGUACGACGACAGCAACCCGAAAGCGUUGAUACUGGAAGGGCUGUUGGGGUCAGUGUCCUCCGGAAUUCUGAUAUACAUGGCGCUGGUUGAUCUCAUAGCCGUUGAUUUCUUCCACAACAAGAUGAUGAGCUCAGAUCCACGGCUGAAAAAGGCCGCUUAUCUUGCCCUCACCCUGGGCUCCACCGCCAUGUCCAUCCUUGCCCUUUGGGCUUGAAAUUUUUGUACCCUUCUUGUAUUUUUUUUAAAAAAAAAAUUAAAAAAUGAUGUGACAUUAUUGGAUGAUACAGAAAAGUCAAAAGUGUUCAUGUUCAAGUUGUACUAAGAACAUGGAAAAAUAAAACUUCAUGUUCAUAUUUAGGGUUUGGGAAAAGAGCUCUACUUGAAUAUUUGUACUUAAA